GAAGUUGUACUGGAUGAACGGGAGGUAUCCACACAGGCGGUCAAACUUUUUUUCUCUCGUUGAGUGGUGAUUCACUCCCAGGGGGCAUCUGACUCUUAGACUCCUCUGCUUCGUCGUACUUCCACUGACGUGUUUCCACUGUCUUCUCGUUUUUUUUUCGGCCCCUCGGUUGUCGGCUCCUGUCUGUCUGUUUUUUUCCGGUCAUCGUUGCGGUUCUUGGUAGACGCGUCUGGAGGCCAAACCCCCUUUCCCUUGGUCGGACCUGACUAUAUAACCUUCCGACGGGCUCCUUUCCAACCAGAUUCCACGCCAAGAUCGCAGCUAAGCGCACGCAAGAAGGAUUAAAAGAGAAAAGCGGGAGGUGGACAGGGCCGAUGAAGGCCACCGAGACCUGGCCGGCCAACCCGGCGGACUACUCCUCUUCCGGGGACGACAUCGGCGCGGUCGGCAUCUUCGGCACCGAAGGCGAGAAGAUCAAGGCCAAGGCGGGCGACAAUGGCGUCACUGGCGAUGCCGACUCGGCGAAGCAGGGCGAGCUGCAGCGGCAGCUGUCUGGGAGACACCUCAACUUCAUCGCUAUUGGAGGCACCAUUGGCACUGGGUUUUUCCUGGGCACCGGAACCGCGUUGGUCAAGGCCGGGCCGGCGGGAUGCCUGAUCUCCUACAUCUUUGUCGGGACCAUCCUGUGGUCUGUCAUGGUCUGCCUGGGCGAGAUGGCGACGUAUAUACCGACUGCGGGCGCCUUCUCGUCGUACGCGACGCGCUUUGUUGAUGCGAGCUUGGGCUUCGCUGUGGGAUGGCUGUACUGGUUUGGAUGGGCCGUCACCUACGCGCUGUCCCUUGUAGCCGCAGGACUCAUCAUUCAAUACUGGAACGAAGACAUCAACAUCGGCAUCAUCAUUGCCGUCUUCUGGGUCGUCUUCACCCUCGUCAACUACCUCCCUGUCGGCCUGUACGGGGAGUUCGAGAUGUGGCUGUCGAGUCUCAAGGUCAUCACCAUUGUUGGGUUCAUCAUCUUCGCCAUCUGCAUCGCCGGCGGCGUCGGCCAGGAGGGUGUGCUGGGCUUCACGUACUGGCACGACCCGGGUGCCUUCAACGAAUACCUCGUCUCGGGCGGCAUCGGCAAAUUCGUCGGUUUUUGGGCCGUCAUGAUCCAAGCCUCGGUCGCCUACCAGGGCGCCGAGCUCGUCGGCGUCGGCGCCGGCGAGGCCCGCGACCCGCGCAAGACGGUCCCGCAGGCGAUCCGCGUCACGUACUGGGGCAUCAUGGGCCUGUUCGUGGUGACGAUGCUCCUCAUCACCAUGGUGGUUCCGUCCGAUGACACUAGCCUGCUCAACGACUCGUCCAACGCCUCGGCCUCGCCGCUCGUCAUCGCCGCGCACCGCGCGGGCGUCAAGGUGCUGCCCGACAUCAUUAAUGCCGUGCUCCUCACCGCGGUCCUGUCGGCGGCCAACUCCAACGUCUACUCGGGCAGCCGCGUGCUGGUUGCGCUGGCCGAGGAGGGCCAGGCGCCGGCCAUCUUCAAGAAGACGAACCGCUUCGGAAUUCCCAUCUACUCCGUGGCGGGGACGGCCGCGUUUGGCCUGCUCGGCUUCCUCAACCUGUCGUCGGACGGCGGCAAGGUGUUCAACUGGCUGCUCAACAUCACGGGCGUGGCAGGACUGACCACGUGGGCGAGCACCUGCCUGUCGCACCUGUACUUCAUGCGGGCGCUCAAGGCGCAGGGGAUUGCCCGAAGCGAGCUGCCCUAUGUGUCGCGGUUCCAGCCGUACACGGCCAUCUACGGCCUGGCCAUGAACAUCCUGAUCACGCUGACGCAGGGGUUCACCGUCUUCAUCGACUGGGACGUGAGCAACUUCUUCGCGGCAUACAUCAGUCUGAUCCUGUUCGUGGUCCUGUGGGCAGGCCACAAGAUCUGGUAUCGGCAGCCGAGGGUUGACCCGGCCAGAGCUGAUCUCGUCCGUGGGCGCUACAAUCUAAGUGAGGAGCGGUCGGCUGCUGAUGGGGGCGUUUGA